ACUCACUAUAAAUACGAUCCACACGCAUGAUCAGCAGUUCACAGCCCACAAUCCACAAGCCACCUCGAUCUCGAGCUUUAUCUCUGAGAAGAUCGCUCGACAGUUCUACAACCAUGGCAGCCAAUAAGCUCGCCAUCCUCAUCUCCUUGGCCCUGCUCUCAUCCUUGGCCGCUUUCCAUUGCCAUGCCCUCCAGGUGGGCUACUACCGGGACACAUGCCCGAACGCCGAGACCCUAGUCCGCGCCCACAUCAAGAAAGCCCUCCGCUCCGACCCCGGCAACGGCGCGGGGCUCAUCCGGAUGCUCUUCCACGACUGCUUCGUCAACGGCUGCGACGCCUCGGUCCUCCUCGACCCGACCCAAACAAACCCGCGGCCGGAGAAGCUCGGCGCGCCCAACAACCCGAGCCUCCGGGGCUACGAGGCCAUCGACGCGGCCAAAUCCGCCCUCGAGCUCGCCUGCCCCGGCGUCGUCUCCUGCGCCGACGUCGUCGCAUUCGCCGCCCGCGACGCCUCCUACCUCCUCAGCCACGGCCGGGUCUCCUUCCUCGUCCCCGCCGGCCGCCUCGACGGCCGCGUCUCCCGGGAGAACGACACGCAGUUCUUGCCGGGCCCUUCGUCCAACCUGACGACGCUCGUGGGGAGCUUCGCGGCCAUGGGGAUGUCGGUGGAGGACCUCGUGGUGCUGUCCGGGGCGCACUCCAUCGGGCGGUCCCACUGCUCGUCCUUCGUCCAGGACCGCCUCAACGCUUCUUCUUCUUCUUCUCCGGCGCCGGCGGCAGACAUGAGCGCGCCGCUCGCGAGCUUCCUCAGGCGGCGGUGCCCGGCGUCCGUCCCGGUGGCCGGGGUGAAGGACCCGACGGUGGCGCAGGACGUGGUGACGAGGGACGUGCUGGACAACCAGUUCUACCGGAACGUGCUGGCGAGGCGCGUGCUGUUCGCGUCGGACGCGGCGCUGCUGGAGGAAGUGGACGCGGGGAGGAUGGUGCGCGCCAACGCCAGGUUCCCGGCGUCGUGGGAGAGGAAGUUCGCCAGGGCCAUGGUCAAGAUGGCCGCCAUUGGCGUCAAGGGCCCCCAAGGGGAUGGCCGAGGCGAGGUCAGGAGGAACUGCCGCCUCGUCAACUAGCUACUGCGGAUGUGCGAUCAAUUUGAUUGAUUUCGUUUUUGAUCGAUCCCACCACUUCGGGCCGAUUGAUCUUUUUUUCGUUUCUUUCUCCCGUGCGUGCAUUCCCUUGCUCCUGUGUUGCUUUCUUUCUUGCAGGGAAUUGAUGAUCGAUGCUUUGUUUGUUGAUUGAGUUUUUUUUUUAAUGUUGCUCUUUGUGAUCUGGCUAGCUUUCCUCAAGGAAUUGCUCUUUGCUAGUAGGAUCUGAUUUGCAUGUCAGAUAAUUUUGGCAUUACAAUAUAGAGUCAUGUACUGAGCAGCAUGCCUCGCGUGUAAAUUUGAUUGUUGCUGAAUUGGAAAAUAGCUAAUUCGUACGUCCU